GUGUGUGUUUGUGUGUGUCUGUCUGUCUGUGUGUGUUUGUGUGUUUGUUUGUGUGAGUGUGUCUAUGUCUGUGUGUGAGCGUGUGUGUGUGUUUGUGUGUGUGAGUGUGUGUGUGUGUGUCUAUGUCUGUGUGUGUGUGAGCGUGUGUGUUUGUGAGUGUGUGUGUGUCUGUCUGUGUGAGUGUGUGUGUUUGUGUGAGUGUGUCUAUGUCUAUGUGUGUGUGAGCGUGUGUGUGUGUGUUUGUGUGUGUGAGUGUGUGUGUGUUAGUGUGAGUGUGUCUAUAUCUAUGUGUGUGUGAGUGUGUGUGUGUGUUUGUGUGUGUUUGUGUGAGUGUGUCUAUAUCUAUGUGUGUGUGAGUGUGUGUGUGUGUUUGUGUGUGUUUGUGUGAGUGUGUCUAUGUCUAUGUGUGUGAGCGUGUGUGUGAGUGUGUGUGUGUGUUUGUGUGUGUUUGUGUGAGUGUGUCUAUAUCUAUGUGUGUGUGAGUGUGUGUGUGUGUUUGUUUGUGUGAGUGUGUCUAUGUCUAUGUGUGUGAGCGUGUGUGUGAGUGUGUGUGUGUGAGUGUGUGUGUGUUUGUGUGAGUGUGUCUAUAUCUAUGUGUGUGUGAGUGUGUGUGUGUGUUUGUGUGUGUUUGUGUGAGUGUGUCUAUGUCUAUGUGUGUGAGCGUGUGUGUGAGUGUGUGUGUGUGUUUGUGUGUGUUUGUGUGAGUGUGUCUAUAUCUAUGUGUGUGUGAGUGUGUGUGUGUGUUUGUUUGUGUGAGUGUGUCUAUGUCUAUGUGUGUGAGCGUGUGUGUGAGUGUGUGUUUGUGAGUGUGUGUGUGUUUGUGUGAGUGUGUCUAUAUCUAUGGGUGUGUGAGUGUGUGUGUGUGUUUGUGUGUGUUUGUGUGAGUGUGUCUAUGUCUAUGUGUGUGUGAGCGUGUGUGUGAGUGUGUGUGUGUGUGUGUGUUUUUAUAUUUAAACCAUGUUUCUGCAUUUAUAAUGUCCCUGCAGGGAGAAACCCGAGGGAACAGUUUGUUUGUGAGCAUGAAGGCGUAGAGAGAGAGCGAGAGAGAGAGAGAGGAGGGGGAGGAGGAGGAGAAGGAGGAGGAGGAGGAAGGUAGUUCAGGUGAGACUCAGAGUCUGCUCUGGAGGCCCAACAUGCUGUGGAUGCUCUGGUCAGUGCUGCUGCUUCGCACCUUCACCACAGGACACGACACGCUGUAUGAAGGAUACACCCUCUCACUGUCAGGGUACCAUGUGUGUCCCGGGAUCGAGCUCGUUCCCAUGACGACAGUGAUCUCAUAUAAGAGUGCUUACACCCAGAUGGUGCCGUGUGGUGGUUGGCUGCCGUGGAAAAUGUGUAACGUCACACGCUACCGUACCGUGUACCAGACUCAGGACGUCAACUCGGAGAAACCGGUGUUGAAGUGCUGCGAAGGCUUCGAGCAAGUGGGCAGUUACUGCGCUCUGGCCCUCAACAGGAGUUCUGAGUUCACGGCUAAACCUGGAGUUUGUCCUGCACAUCCUGUCUCUGGUUCACUGUGUCUCUGGGACUCAGAUUGUCCUCACUGGCAGAAAUGCUGCCAAACAGGAAACCAGAGUGUCUGCGUGGAGCCUGAGAGCCACGUGAAUAUGACCUCGUGGCUGAACGUGACAGUAACGGUGAAAGCAGCUUUCGGUUUGGUGAAUACGAGCAGUGGAAUCUUUAACCACACACGUCUGCUGCACUCUGUGGUGAUAGGAGCUCUGAGCUCUCUGCAGGUCUCAGUGUAUCACAUGCACUCGUGGUCUUCAGGAUGGUUCAGUACGUCCUCCUGCCUUCUGCUCGGCUCGUCUCAGCUCCUGUCCUUAACCAGCGUCUCUGACACACUUCUGCUCCUGCUAGGGAACAUAGAGGAGGUGACGGCUGUGGACGUCAGGGAUGUAGAUGAGUGUGCCACGCCCAUGCUGAGAUUCUGCUCUCCCCUUGCCCACUGCUCUAACACUUUGGGAUCCUAUAAUUGCACGUGUGCUGCUGGAUCUGUGGAUCUUCAGCCCAGCAGGCCGGGAACACAGUGUAGGAACACAUCCUCCUCCUCUUCCUCCUCCUCCUCCUCCUCCUCCUCCAGUUCAGGCUCCUCGGAUUGGAAUAUAAUCAGCUUUGGGCCCCUAAGGAAACGUCCUCAGCCAAUUAUCUCCACUACUUUGUCCACUACUACAUCCAGUACACCACCUACUACAUCCUCCACUGCUAACGUCAACACUUCCUUCAUUUUCUCACCACCCCUUUCUCCCUGCAGCUCUAAUUCCAGCUCGAUUCCUGAGCUCAGUAUUCCGUAUAUCACCAACCUCUGGGUCAAAAUCGUCACAAGUUCAUCCUUCCAGCUGUUGUGGAACUUUCCUCCUCAGAUCAACCUCACGUCAAAGCUCGUCCUCUUCCAUGGGACCCAGCAGCUGGACGUCGUGGAAACGGAGCUCUCUGAUUGGACAUGGACCAAGCUUCAGCCUGGGGUUCUGUACACCGCUCAUGUAUCCCUGUGUAUGUGUGGUUCCUGUGGAAAUGCCACUGAGCUGAAGGUGAAGACAGAUGCACAAAUCCUCAAAGCUGUUGUCCGAAUAACCAACGUUAACUUCACCGUGGAUCUGCAGAACCCCGAAAGCAAAGAGUACAAGACGUUUAUUGAAAAUGUUAUGAGUGAGACUCUUCAGUCUCUCCCCUUCUCGGUCCUGGACUUGGUAUACUCCGAGAAGGUGUUAGUUUUAAUCACUCGUCUGUCUCCAGGCAGCGUCGUGGUCACCUUCACCCUCGUGUUUCUGCCCAGCACCAAGCAGGACAUCUACGAAAUUGCCAUUUAUCUGAUGGAGUCCCUGCAGAACAGCUCGCAGUUCACCUUCGACAGAAACUUCACCAAGAUCACAGAUGUAGAUGAGUGCGCUCUGGGCGAAGUCGACUGUUCCUCAGGGGCCAAAUGUGAGAACACGUUCGGUUUCUACACCUGUGUGUGUCCCCAUGGUUACAUUGAUGCAAACCCAGAGAGGCCGGGACGCACCUGCCAAGAGAACAACAUGACAGUUUCCAGUUCUUCUCCAAGUCCAUCCACCACGACCAUCUCUACAACGUCCACUAUGAGCUCUCUAACCGAAAACACAAACAUAACAUCCUCUAAACCUGUAACGCACGGCACAGAUGUAACAGUCACUUCAUCGACAGCAGUCUGGUCUGAUAACAAAACCACAGAAUUGACAAAGACAUCAUCCACCAGUUCCAUUACCGAAACCACAGCAAAAACAGCUUCAACCUCCACCUCCAACACCACCAUGUCAUACAUCUCUCAAACGGAGCUCAUCACGGUGGAGUGCGGUCCCGGGUACAUGGACGUAUACGUGUCACGGAAUUUCCUGGAGUUGAAACACAUCCCAGAGUCCUCGCUGUACCUGGGCGUACCCAGCUGUAACGUGACUCAGGAGAACGUCAACCACGUCAAGCUCUUCGUGGUCUGGGGAACAUGUGGAACUCAACUGCGGCAAAACAGCCAGAACAGCACGGUGCAGGUGACCCUCUAUAACACCGACAUGCGGCUCCAGGUUCCUGUCAUCUGCACCUACAUCAACAGUUUUAUCAUCUCUGCAGGAUACAGCACCUCUGGGUACGACACGAUUAACAAUGUGGUGGAGGGAUCCGGGAUGUACCACGUGACCGUGCGGUUGUUAAAUGGGACAAACCCUCUGCCUCAGAACUACACCCUGUCCCCUGAAGAUGAGGUCAUCAUCGAGGUGGGGCUGAACUCCAACAUUUCACAAAUUAAAGUGGUCAUUAAUAAAUGCUGGGCUCAUCCCAGUAACAACGCGACCGAGCCGCCCAAAAGCAUCUUCCUCGAGAACAGUUGUCCAGUCCUGGGCAAAUACACCACGGUGCUGCAGAAUGGUGAAUCCUCUCACUCUCAGUUGGCUGUAUAUCUUUUCCACCUGGUGGACUUUGACGUUAUUUACCUGCACUGUCAGAUUCAGAUCUGCAUCGAGACGUCCAUAGCCACGUGUCGCCCUGACUGUAACACGACUCCACGUCUGGUGAGAACCUCCAGAGAAGCUAAUGUGAUCGGGAUGGCUAAAGCCUCAUACGGUCCUCUACUGAAGUCACAUCAGGAUGUCACCCUGCAGGACACGGUGUGGAACAUGCGCACUCUUGGCUUCAUCCUCUUGGCCCUGGGAGUGUGUGUGUUGGCGCUCGCAGCCCUGGCUGUGGCUUUGUUCUGCAGACGCAGGAUGGGAAACUACAACUUCCAGUUCAAGCCACGUGAGGAGAACUUCACCUACCACGUCUUCAACACCUGAACACAUGAACACCUUCAGUCCAUCACUCCAUCGCUGUCCUUUAUUUACUCAGCUUAUAUAAAAAGAGAAAAAGCUGUAGCCUCCUGCUGCAUGAUAGUCCUGAGGAAUGUUACUGUUAAUAUUGCUGAGCAGAAUCUCUAUCAUCAUCAUCAUCAUCAUCAUCAUCAUCAUCAUCAUCAUCAUCAUCAUCAUCAUCAUCGCCAUGUAGAACAUCUCCUAAUCUCCUCAGAUCUGAUAGUUAAAUCUCAGUACAAAUUUACAGUGUAAAUCUUU